AUGAAUGAAGUUGAAGGGGGUGGUCAUAACGCCAAGAUCACUUUAGAAAAUGUCAUUUAUAGUAGUGAACCUAAAUACGCAAAUGUAACAGCAGUCAUUUGGAAGCACUUAGAUAAAACAUUUCUGAAUGUUUCAGCUGAAACAUUCGAAGAUUUGGAUAAAAUGGUUCUAACAUUCAAGUUUGCUGUCUCAAAUUCACAAAACUUUAAUGCGGAAAAUGUCAUUCUGACGUCGACAAUUACCUCGUGUAAGUUGAAUGAAGGAAAUCGUGACGCUAAAUUUUUACCAGCAUUUCUUACCAUGGGACCACCGAUCAAACAAACUGUAAAUGUGAAAUUUGAUGGAAAACUUUCAAGCACAAAAAAGCUUGUUCCACUUUUCACGUUUAAAGUUUUUGGCGAAAUAUCUCAUUAA